AUGGCAGUGGGGAUCUCCUAUGUCAGCGUCUACGACCAUAAUGGUAUUUUCAAGAGGAAUAACUCAAGAUUAAUGGAUGAAAUUUUAAAACAGCAACAAGAACUCUUGGGACUAGAUUGCUCCAAAUACACAGUGGAAUUUGCAAAUCAAGACAAAGCUGAUCAAGUUUUAAAUUGCCAAUCUACAUUGAAGGUGCUGUCUCCUGAAGAUGGAAAAGCAGACAUAAUAAAAGCUGCUCGAAACUUUUGUCAGUUGGUGGCAGAGCAGCAAAGAACACAUGCAGACCUGGAUGUGAAUGUGUUAGACAACUUAUUAAGUAGUACAAAUGGAUUUCCUGAUCCGGAUUUAGUCUUGAAGUUUGGUCCUGUGGACAGCACAUUAGGAUUCCUUCCCUGGCACAUCAGACUUACAGAGAUCAUUUCUCUGCCUUCCCACCUGAACAUCAGCUAUGAAGACUUUUUCUCUGCUCUCCGUCACUAUGCAGCCUGUGAGCAACGCUGGGGAAAGUGACUUUUGGCUGAGCACACUAAGUCAGGCUUUCUGUGGAAAGGAAUUGAUGUCUGUGUUUACAAGCACCUGUGACCCAUAAGUCUGGUUCAUAGUCCUUUCUUAAUUUAUCAACAAUUUCAAUAAAGUGUCUUACCUUUCUAGAGAGUCUGUGUGAGUGUGUGAGAAUGUUUACGGGGAGGGAGAAGUUCAUGGGUUUGCUCCGUGCAAAAGACAGUUAUUGCAAGCCAAGCUGUUCAAGCUUAAUUACCCCACUUUUGUGUCUUGGUGACCAAAAGAGCAUGUUAGAACUCAGUCUUGUCAAAUCUCCAGGGCAGUGUAAAUGGGCUUUCCAUGCCCUGAAGGGACUUCUCAAAUGCGAGGAAGAACUCUUAUGCCUCUCAGUUCCUGUUAUUAAUUCCUCGCCAUCAGGCAUUUCAGAGCUAAUGGCCAAAUUCUCUGCAGAUAUGUUGACUACUGUAAUGUAUGAAUUUAAUGGGUCAGUAUCUUCUCUAGUAGCCAUGAGACUAGAGACUGCUACAUCUGUGUCAGAACUAAGCCAGCGAUGUAGAUAUCAAGUUCCAGAAAUAUUGAAGAGACCCAAUAAAAGGGAUUGGAAGCUUCUGUGGUAAGUGCAUUAACCAGUCUGUCUAGAAAUAGCCCUUUUCUGAGGCUUAAAGGUAUUUCUGUAGCCCUUGGUGAAACUUUUCCUAGCAUCAGUGAGGUCCCUUUUCUAUAGGGAAUAAGCAUAAACAGUGCUAUGUAUCGACUGUAUACUUCUGCGUAAAAUUCUAACCUAAUGUGAUAAGCUGUCUAAGUUUUUGGCAUUCUUUCUGGAAAAAAUCUGAAAGCGGACUAGGUCCGCCUCUAUAACAAAUGUGACUUGCUUAUUGUGCUUGUGUACCCAGCAGGGGAGUCUGCUUAAGCCUUUUGUUAGGAUUGUUCUGAACUGUGCAUUCAAAGGUUGAGUUGAAGUCUGCAAUACACAGGAAAGAAUAAGUGAAUUGCACUGCACUAUCUCAAAACUGACAUAGUGAAGUAGAUCUGUUGACUAAAUAGCCUUCAUGGUAGAAUGUUCUAGUCAUACUGUUGAUGUUGAAAGUAAUCUGAAAUUAGUAGUCUAGCAUUUGGGCAAAGCAAUAGCUUUAGAAGUGUGUUUCUGGAGACAAACACUAAUAUUUCAGCCUUCUGCCCUGGAGGCUGUAGAACUCCUGGAUGCUUUAUUCUAGAAGUGUUUAAUUUUUCUGAUUAGAAUGAGUCUGACUUCAUCUCCUUUAGGAUAAGAAACUGGCAUGGCACUAGGAAGAACGUGUUCUGCUUUUAAAAGGGAAUUUCCAAAUUGCAAAUGAAUGUCUGCUUCUUAGUGAAAUAGUAUAUUUUACCUGUCAUAACUUCAUGUCCUGUUAUAAAGCAAAUUGCAUAAACUUGUGAGCUGCAGUAUUCUUAUUGUCAUACUGAGAUCAGAUUGCAGAUAAGGAAGAGAACUAUGAUCUGGUUGAUCCGUGGAAGAUAAAAGACACUUAAUCAGGUUGAUCACUUUUAUUUGAUGUCAGAAACAUCAGCUAGCCUUCUGGAGGAGCUGGAAGGCUUAGUAUAUUUGCCUGCCUUCUGGAGGCUGGCUUCUGAUGUACCUCACUUAUUGUAUGUUUAAUGUUCACUUUAUGCUAAAUCAUAUGCAAUGUUUCCUGGCCCCCAACCAUAAAAAGUUUUCUUGCUGAAUGUUAAACUUAACUUUUUUUUGUGGAGAGUAGAUAGUCUCUUGGAGGGGAGCUUGAGUAUUGAAGUAUAUCUGUAUUGUGCAUUUAUCAAAGUGAAUUUUUACAUAAAUUACCAUGUAUAUCUGCGACUGUGCUGCCGAAGCAGUUCUGGUAGUAACUAGAAAUAAAGUGAGGAAGAAGUUAGUUUAGUCUUCAGAAGUAAUCUCUUACUUGCAUCAAUCUACCAAAGAACAUUUAGAUUACCUGAGCUGCCCUUGGUCCUCGGGCUUCUACAUAUCUCAGCUAAAAUGACUUGUUUUAUAUUGGAGACAGAUCUGAAGAUCUAAGAUUUGUCUGUAGAGGGAUGCUUAAUGAAACUAAAAUGAUUAGUUCAGCUGCAUUUGAUUCAACUUGGUCAAAUCUCUUCUGAUGGCUAAUUUAAUUGUGAAUAAGUGCCCCUCCUGGAAUUAAUGUGGUUGAACUAAUCUACAUUAUCACUUAGUUGGGAUUAUUUUUACUGUCCCUGCGUGGGCAAUCUUUAGUGAGCUGUGCCAAAUGCACUGUGCAUAUCCACAACUUGAUCUUUGAAUGUAUGUCAAUGCAGUUAACUCCUCUCCCCAGCUUGUUCUGUGUGAAGGUAUGUGGUAUAGCUGUGAUGCUCUGUAUGGCUGUAGUCUCUGGGUACUUGUACAUAAUGUGUAAAACAAGUUUUUAUGAUUAGGGAGUCAAUUUAUUGAACUUUAUUAUUGAAAAUCAUCUGUAAAAAAACUAAUAAAAGACUAUAAUCUUU